GUGCGUAUAUCAUGGUGAUAAUGGUUCGGUUUAGCUUAGUUGUUAUUUGUGGAUUAUUCGGACUCACGAAUGCAGGUGUGCGAGUUAUACGGUCUCCGCAGUUCGACCUCAGUGGGGCUAGUUCGAGCGCUUUUUCUGGACUUCGUGGCCUUUUAAGUGGAUUUCAAGCUAAAACACCUAUAUUUCAAGGAGAUUACGGUUAUGGCCAAGGAGGAGGUUUUGGCCAAGGAGGAGGUUACGGCCAAGGGGGAGGUUACGGCGAAGGAGGUGGAUUCGGAAGUGGAGGAGGUUUUGGCCAAGGGGGAGGUUACGGCGAAGGAGGUGGAUUCGGAAGUGGAGGAGGUUUUGGCCAAGGGGGAGGAUAUGGACAAGGAGGAGGUUACGGCGAAGGAGGUGGAUUUGGAAGUGGAGGAGGUUUUGGGCAGGGAGGUGGAUUCGGGUACGGCCAAGGUUUUGGGAGAGGCCAAGGUGGCUUAAGUUUUUCGAAGAGCGUCAGUAUUGGCGUUGGAGGCGGUGCCCAGUCGGGCUCAAGCGCAUUCUCAUUUGGAAAGUGAGAUUGUAAGAAGACUGAAUAUAAUAUAAGAAAACGUAUGUGACCUAAAUGGUUGUGCAAAUCUAUUUUUAAAUAAAUAUA